CUUGCCAAAAUGUCAUAAUCAGCUGAUAACUCCUAAAACGUUGACGUUUAAAAUUUUUAUCAAAAAACAUCAUCUAAAUUAGCAAGUUUUUGAAGUAAAACAAAUCGUUUUUUUUCUAAUUUAAGAUUGUUUUUAAAAAAUGAAUAACACCGUCUUGGAAUUAAGUGGAAAAGUUCAAAAAUAUGAUUGGGGAAAAAAGGGUCAUCAAAGUAUGGUUGCUGAGCUUUAUAAAAAUGUACAUAAAGAUUUUGAAAUUGAAAAUGGAACUCCGUAUGCUGAAUUAUGGUUUGGGGCGAACGUAAAAGCUCCGUCAGAUAUUAAAAAUGAAGGGAAGAAUCUUUUGGAAUUACUUAAAGAAAAACCGGAAUAUUUGGGUGAAAAAAUUAAGAGUGUUUUUGGAAAAGAAAAGUUGCCAUUUUUGUUUAAAAUAUUGUCAAUAGAAAAAGCACUAUCUAUUCAAGUUCAUCCAGAUAAAGAAAUGGCUAAACAACUACAUUCAAAAUUUCCUGAUGUUUAUAAAGAUAAUAAUCAUAAACCUGAAAUUGCAGUUGCUUUAACACCAUUUGAAGCUUUAUGUGGUUUUAGACCUUAUAAUGAGAUUAAAAAGUUUUUUAAAGUUAUUCCUGAAUUAGGAGAUUUGAUCGGAGCGGAUCUUUGCGAAAUAUUUAUAAAUAGUUCAGAGGAUGUAUCAAAAAGUGCCUUAAAAAAUUGUUUUUGUUCCAUGAUGACCAAACCGCAAGAAGUUAUUUCGCGAUUAUUAAAUAACUUUUUGAGUCGAUCUAAAGAUUUAGAUGUUAGGGAGAGAGAGUUGCAACUUUGUGGUCUUGUUGAAAGACUCAAUAGUCAAUUUCCGGAAGAUGUUGGAUGUUUCGCUGUUUUUUUCCUCAAUUAUUUAUCAUUGAAUCCUAUGCAAGCUGUGUUUUUAGCUGCUAAUAUCCCACAUGCAUAUUUAUCAGGAGAUUGUGUUGAAUGUAUGGCUUGUUCGGAUAACGUAGUCCGUGCCGGUUUAACCCCAAAAUUUAAAGAUGUUGAAACGCUUUGUGCGAUAUUAAAUUACGAUGCGGAAAGCGCUCAUAGUAAAUUAUUUCUGCCACAAAUUGAGAAUGAAUACAUUCAUAUUUUUAAACCCCCUGUUGAAGAUUUCGCUAUUGUUAAAAUAGAUAUCAAGCAAAAAAUGUCUGAAUUUGAAUUAAUUCCAAGAGAAACCGCCAGCAUAUUCUUAGUGAUUUCUGGAUCUGCUAAAUUGAACAAGAUGCAUUUAAUAUCUGGAAGCAGUUUGUUUAUACCCGCUGCUGAAUGUGUGAAAUUGAAGGAUCUAUCAAACGAUUUUUUAGCAUUUCAAGCAGUUGCAAAUGUUUAAUGUACUUUUUUUAUACUUUUAAUAAACAUAAACAAUAAUUUGGCUGAUAAUAUA